AUGGAUGCAUCUCACGAGCUUAUUGGCCCGAAGCUCCAGCAGCUCCCCCCGUCCAACCGCCAGCACACAUCGGUGCUUCCCAAAAGCGGAAGCCUGCAGGGCAGUGGCACGGCGACGGACGGCGGAAAGAAGGGGGCGGCGGCGGAGCUGGCGCAAGUAGACCUGCGCGCGCUGAGCCACGCGCAGCGGGAGCGGCUGGUGGAGCGCGCGCUGGAGACGCUCGAUCAGGACAACGAGGCGUUCCUUACUAAGCUUAAAGCCCGCCUCGACCGCGGGGGGCUGGCCGUGCUGGCGGUGGAGGUGCGCUUCGAGGACGUGAACGUCGAGGCGGGCGUGUACGUCGGCACGCGCGCGCUGCCCACGCUCCUCAACUUCACGCGAAACUCGAUCGCCGCCACGCUGCACCUACUGGGCGUGGAGCUGGAUGCGCGCCGCCCGUAUCCGUUUCAGAAGUCUUCGCCUUGGAUCUUCCUCUUCCUCCUCACCCACCCCCCACCCUCCCCAACCCUCCCCCCCCCGGUUCCUCCUCAGGCCGCGCUGCACUCACUGGGCGUGGAGUUGGAUGCGCGCCGCCCGUAUCCGAUCCUGCAUGGGUGCUCGGGCGUGCUGCGACCGAGCCGCAUGACGCUGCUGCUGGGACCGCCAGGCGUUGGCAAGUCAACGCUCUUGCAGGCGCUCGCUGGAUGUCUCGAUAAGUCGCUCAAGGUAUCAGGCAGCGUGACCUAUAACGGGCAUGCUCUUAACGAGUUUGUACCAGAGUGCACAGCAGUGUACGUGCCGCAGAACGACGAGCACAUCGGCGAGAUGACCGUCCGGGAGACCCUCGACUUCUCCGCGCGCCUGCAGGGCCCGGGGCUCCGGAAAGGGCCCGGGGCUGCGCAAAGGUGCGCAUGUGCGAAUGUUGGGAAGGGGAAGAAUGGUGGGCUGCUGGAUGGGUGGGUUGCGCUGGGCUAUCCCCAUAGCCUCCAUUCCCCCUCUCCGUCCACCCCCCCCUCUCCCCAACAUUCCCCCUUCUCUAUCCCGUUCACCCCCGCACCCCCUGGUGGUGCAGAACUAGUGGCGGAGCUGGAGAGGCGCGAGGCGGAGAAGGGCAUUGUGCCAGACCCUACUAUGGACGCCAUCAUGAAGGCGAUGGCACUGGAGGGCAAUCCCACAAACAUCAUCAUGGACUAUGUGCUCAAGAUUCUAGGCCUGGACAUCUGUGCGGAUACAGUGGUGGGAAACAACAUGCUACGCGGCAUCUCAGGCGGGCAGAAGAAGCGGGUCACCACAGGCGUAUCCCUGGUGGGCGGGCAGCAGGUGCUGCUUAUGGACGAGAUCACCACGGGGCUCGACUCCUCCACCACCUUCCUCAUCACGCGCUGCCUGCGCCACCCCACGCACCUCCACGCCACCACCACGCUCGUGGCUCUCCUGCAGCCCGCCCUCGAGACCUACCACCUCUUUGACGACGUGCUGUUUCUUGCAGAAGGGCACGUGGUGUUCCACGGGCCCAGGGAGGACGUACUUCCCUUCUUCUCCCGCCUCGGCUUGGAGUGCCCUGCCAGGAAAGGCGAGGCGGAUUUCCUGCAGGAGAUGACGUCGAUGAAGGACCAAGGGCAGUACUGGAGGGGGGGCGCGGCUGGGGCAGAUGGUGGGGCGGGCGGGAAAAGCCAGCCAUACCACUAUGUGCCGGUGCAGGCGUUUGAGGCGGCGUUCAAGGAGACGGAGAUCGGCAAGGCCACUGCUGCCCACCUCUCGGUGCGUACCCAUUGCUGA